CUGCUACUAGUACUACCACAGCCGUUCUCUCUCUCUGAGGCGAGUCAUCGUUGAGUCGCAGCGGAAGCAGAAACCCCAAAUCAAAAUGCAUUCAUUCGGUUACAGAGCCAACGCUCUGCUCACGUUUGCCAUAACCAUUCUUGCCUUCAUGUGCGGCAUAGCCUCUUUCUCUGAUUCCCUCAAUUCCCCUUCUCCCUCUGUCCAAGUCCAGGUCUCGAACAUCAACUGGUUUCAGAAACAGCCCAACGGAAAUGAUGAGGUCAGCAUGACAUUGAAUAUAACAGCAGAUUUGCAGUCUCUUUUCACGUGGAACACAAAACAGGUUUUUGUAUUUGUAGCUGCUGAAUAUGAAACUCCAAAACAUUCCUUGAAUCAGAUAUCCUUGUGGGAUGGCAUCAUUCCCUCUAAAGAGCAUGCCAAGUUUUGGAUCCAUACAUCAAAUAAAUACCGCUUCAUUGAUCAGGGAAGCAAUUUGCGUGGUAAAGAAUUUAACUUGACUGUGCACUGGCAUAUUAUGCCAAAGACUGGCAAAAUGUUGGUAGAUAAAAUAGUCAUACCAGGUUACCGAUUACCUGAGGAAUAUAGAUGAUGAUGCCUUCUUGUCAUGUUAAUGAUUUGCUGUAACUUUAGCCUUUUCUAUAUCAGAGAUAAAAAGGUUACUUAAAAGAGCUAGGAUCGGGGGAAAGGAUUUCAUGUUUUGGAUGUUGGAAAUCAAUAUGAUUUGAAACUUUGAACACUUGCACAUCCGAAAUUUGGUUGUGGACUUCAAUUUCA